AAAUCGUUUACUGGAGCCACAAGGUAGACAAUGCCUGAAAAAGUAAAAGUGGUUUCGCUAUGCGCUUCCCGCUUGACGCAACCGAGAUAGAACGUAGAAUAAGUACCAGAUCGUACACACUUCGACUUCCAUCAUGAAGCUUCCGCCAACGAAACUUGGCUCGCCCCCCGGUGGGCAACUGAGUCAGCUCGAAAAGUCUUCUGCGAAAAUUACCGAGAUGAAGAGCAGGAGCUACGCAAGAAAUACAACAAGCAACUCUGUUGCGGUACAGCAACAGGGGCAAGUCAGACGGAACAAAAACGCCCUGUACCGAAGAGUCGCGAUGCCACAGGCUCCGGCACCUGCUUUACAGCAAGCGCAAGGGAAUAAAAAUCAAGCAGUGCUGGCUCCCACGACGUCCAACAUGAGCAUCGUAUCGGCCGAAAAGCUGGCGGGUCUGAUGGCUGCGUCCUGCCCAGGAUCCACCACAGCGACAGUGGGGGUGGCUAGUAGCCAGCAAAAUUCUGUUGAACAACUUCACCAGCACGGUGCUGUUGCAGCAGCGUCGCAAGAACAACGGGACUCGCUCGAUCAGCUGAUGGGCCAGCAGCAGCACAGUGGCGCAACUUCUACGAAGAAGUCCUCCGCGUCGUCUUCCUCUGAAAUAGAAAUGGCUCGAGGUGUAGUUCUUGGCGGGAUGGCUGUGGGGGAUCUGCAUAAAAAUGCAGAUGACGGAAUGAAGACGUCCACGUCGUCAACUCGUCCGCCGAUUAAAAAUCAGAGGAGUUCCACCGGAGGUUCUAAAAAUUCUACCGUACCCGAAUCCCUACACGCACAGUUUCUCACAGCACACAACCUCCCGAUGAUGCAGUCGAAAGCAAACAGCUUUCUGUUGCACCCAGUGAGCAAAGAAGAAGCAGUAGAAAUCGACUUAUCGACGAACCCAGGGGGGACGACGGGGGCGCAGCAACUGCUCCACGGAACUACUACGAACAACAGUUGUCAAACGGUGCCAUUGAAUCCUGAUAUGAUCUAUCACAGCCGGAGCUUUUCCACGAAUAAAACUGCGUUUGAUCAUCAGAAUUGUGCUCCGCAGCAGCAAGAGCUGUCCCAGAAUAGGAAUUACAUCGAGGGAAACCACAACCAGGAAGAAGGGAACGCGAACGGCAUGAACUCAUCCCAUUCACAUGCAAGCUCGUAUUACGAUCAGACAAACGGAAUCCUCAAUAACAACCCGACAAGAACUACGUCUACUUCCCUGAACAAGGCGGGCUCGGGUGUGAUCUCCGCCUUGUACCAUACAUCAACUAGUAGUAACAAGAACGCGACCUUCUCCAGUUCCGCACAGCAAGACAACAUUCAUGCUGCAACUGCUCGAAGUGGCGGGAUUGGCCCAGCUGGCGGUGGCGCUGGACCUACACCGAACAUGACAAUGAGAAGCAAGAAAGGGUCCACAAGGACGAGUAGAAGCAGUAGACACCAGCCUAUGUCGAUUAUUGCAGAAGACGAGCAAGAUGGACCCGAAUUAAUUUUGCCCGGCGACGUUGUUCCAGGACCCUGUGUUCCUUCAGCUGCUUUUGAACAUCAAUCGGAUCACGACAUGUUGAAGCACCAACAGGACACCCCCACUUCCAACGCGAGCGGGCAGAUCAACCAGCAGAGUCUUGCCCUAUUUAACUACAACUACCAUUUGCAAUCGAACCCCUCGAAGCGGAAGAAUCGGGCGACGACGGGCAACUUGUUGUGCAAAACGGAGGCGGAUGUGAUUCGCAACGCGCUGGAACUAAAGAACCUCACGGACGAAGGGUUGAUUCCCGCAGCGGGGUAUGCAUUGCAAAAGUAUCUAUCUACGUUUAUCCAGUACUACGGAUUCCGACUGUAUUAAAACAGCAAACUUUUUCAUCAAAGGAAAAAGUGUAGCUUGCUCUUGCAAUGUGAAUUUCCCUGAGGCGGUAGAUCCGUCGCGCAUGAGUGGAUUCAACACGAACGCGAUACUUUUGCAGUGGAUAUGCGCGGCUACAAUUACAACAAGAAGAUGAGUCAUAGAAGUACGACAGGCGAGCAUCAUCAUCACCUUCCGGUCUUCUCUUCUUCCCGAAUGAUGCGGGGCGACAGCAUGAAAAGCAUCUUACAACAUGACGAGGAGCAUGUUUACUUCAAUAAAAACUCCAUCAGCAGCACCUCUACCACCUCAACAACGGAAAAUACGAGGAACGUGUCUUCUACGUCGGGCCCCGAGCAGCUUUGUGCUCUCACAACAACAACGGCCCAUGGUGCUCAUCCUGAAGAUGUGGCGAAGAACACGACUACAGCGCUGUCGCCGGUGAAUGUCGUGCUGCGUAAGAAAAAUUAUGGUACGAAGAUGAAAGCAGUUUCGGCUUCUUCGCGGAAUAAGAACAAAGGGGACGGAGCUGCUUUGAACAAUCUUCAAAAUGCGCAUCUUCUACCUCACAACAGUGACUACGAACAACUAUCGCCCCCGGGGGUGAAGCGGAUCGACGACAAACCGUUCAACAACAACGCCACAACGUUUAUGGUGCAAAAACGACUCUCCGACCUCGAGGGCGCGCUGGCCUCGCCGCAGCAAGUGAAUUGGAGCCCCGUGGCGAUGCUGUCGACGCGAAAUGGGGGCCACGGCGGGACGGGAACUUCCACACGCGGCCGUGGAGGUCGUGGUGGGUAUUACUAGAAAACACAGGAGAUGAAGCAAGCUGCAAUCAUGUAGAUAAUGAUGAUCUUUAACUUUAUAGAAAAGGAAGCUAAGCCUAAGACACGAUCCUACCACGUUUAGGUUCACGAAAAUUACACGUAGUUGUUCAAAUAUAUUAAUUUUCAAUUCGGACAACUCGCAAAGCAUUGUACCAAUUUCACUUCGACAGUAUCGACUUCCUGAAUACUCUUGGUGCUCGUGCUCCUGCUGUCAGGUAUAAAACUCUGUCACUAUUUGGAGGUGCUGCUGGACGAUCUCGUGUAUAUUGGAAAGCAUAUAGUUAGACAUUGACAAAUCGCAUACCAGCUAUCGCUGAUGUUUCGUCAGCCCUCGCCCGACGGUUUGCUCAAAAAAUGUCACUGCAAGUAUCCCUUAGAAAUCAGUUUCGUCUAGAGCAGCUUGAAUAAAAUCACAAGCGUACGUACCAGAUUGUUGUAGAGAAAGAUCGAAAUUGAGCAUGUCAUCUACGAAACGAACGUUUCUUCGGUCCCGUCUCCAU